AACCUUACCCAACACACCACAACAUUCUGAAAGUUCAAAUCUUUUUCAUUUUCUCACCAUCCAAACACCCAAAAACCUCUCAAGCCAUCUCCUUUUCUCUUCGCAAUGGCACGUACCAAGCAGACCGCAAGGAAAUCCACCGGAGGAAAGGCCCCAAGGAAGCAACUGGCCACCAAGGCGGCCAGGAAGUCUGCCCCAGCCACCGGAGGAGUGAAGAAGCCUCACCGUUUCAGGCCCGGAACCGUGGCUUUGAGGGAGAUCAGGAAGUACCAGAAGAGCACUGAGCUUUUGAUCCGAAAGCUUCCAUUCCAGAGGCUGGUGAGAGAGAUCGCUCAGGACUUCAAGACCGAUCUUCGUUUCCAGAGCAGCGCCGUGUCUGCACUUCAGGAAGCUGCCGAGGCUUACUUGGUGGGUCUGUUUGAGGACACCAACCUCUGCGCCAUCCACGCCAAGAGGGUCACCAUUAUGCCUAAGGAUAUCCAACUCGCUCGCAGAAUCAGAGGCGAGAGAGCUUAGAGACUUGUUUGUAAUGGCACUGAGUGGAGUGAAUUUGGAGUCAAUAUGAUGUUGUGUUCAGGAUAGUAUGGUAUGGUAGAUCUAGAAGAUUGGAACGAAGCUUUGUCUUUUGUUAAUUGUUUUAGCUUAAAUUUGUUGGUGUUUGGGAUUGUAAAAUUUAUCAGAAAAAUCUAAUGGCUUAUUAGAUUUAUAAAUCAAUUAUUAGUUACUUAUUAA